AUGGUCGGCCUCAACAUUAUCCUCUUUUUAUCGCUGCUUGGCCUUGGCGGAGCCAUUCCAGCCGGGACACAGUCAUCCCCUGAUACAACCGUCAAACCGCGUGCUGCUUGCACUCCCACUGCUGGUGGAAGCUCCUUGACCGACGAUGUCCCGGCAAUUCAGAAGGCGAUCGCAUCGUGUGGCGAUGGGGGCACGAUUGUAAUCCCAGCAGACACUACCUAUUACUUGAACAGUGUCCUUGAUUUCAAAGGAUGCGCCAACUGCGACUUCCAGGUGGAAGGCCAUCUCCAGUUCACCAGCUCGACCGACUACUGGGAGGGAAAGACGGCGAUGAUCAGUGUCUUGGGCAUUGGCGGUCUGAAGAUCCGCUCUCUAACAGGUUCGGGGGUUAUUGAUGGAAAUGGACAAGAGUCAUGGGAUCGGUUCGCCAAAGACACUAGCUACAAGCGUCCCACUCUUCUCUAUAUUACUGGAGGCAAGAACAUCGAGGUGUCUGGCAUUCGGCAAAAGAACCCGCCCAACGUGUUUAUUUCAGUCAAAGGUGGCACGACCAACGCUAAAUUCACAAGUCUGACCUUGGACGCAACGUCCAAUUCAGACAGCCGUCCUAAGAACACAGAUGCCUUUGACAUCGGCGCAAGCACUUACGUGACCAUCUCAUCGGUCACCGUAACCAAUGACGAUGAUUGCGUGGCGUUCAAGCCUGGCGCCAACUAUGUGACCGUGGAGAAUGUAUCCUGCACCGGAUCUCACGGCAUAUCGGUAGGCUCACUAGGGAAAUCCAGGGAUGACACUGUUCAGAAUGUGUAUGCACACAACAUAACGAUGAUUAAGUCGACUAAGGCGGCAGGCAUCAAGACUUAUCCCAGCGGUGGAGGUCAUGGCCUCUCGACGGUGAAGAACGUAACGUUCUCAGAUUUCAUCGUGGAUGAUUGCGACUACGCCUUCCAAAUCCAGAGCUGCUAUGGUGAGGAUAAUGAAUACUGCGAAGAAAGACCCGGCGAUGCGGUGCUGGAAGAAAUCGUCGUUGAGGGAUUUACUGGCACUACAAGUAAGAAGAACGAUCCGGUGGUGGCUAAUUUGAAUUGUGGCUCUAGAGGCACCUGUAAUGUGUCUAUUAGCAAUUUCGAGGCCAAAGCUCCGUCUGGUGAUGCAAAAAUCCUAUGUGGUAACACUCCCUCUGACCUUGGCGUUAGCUGUUCCUCAGGUGCAUCUGGAUGA